AUGGAUUCUUCAAAUUGUUCUGACUCGUCUUCUGGAUCGAUUGGAUCAAUGGUAUAUUUGAAUCAGACCCAAGCAAGCUCUGCUUGUCCAGUUCGUAGACAAAUGGAGAAUCAGACUUCUGGCCAACAGUCAUUUGUGGACGUUGCUCAAUCUAAUGAUUUCCUGGAAUAUGAGGAUCUCCUACAAAACGUCACACUCCAACCACUCGUUCCAGCGUCAAAACCUCAUCAUCCAAUGGAACAAUUAGUCAAUUUACGAGCGCCAAUUGCUCCAUCUCUACUAGAACAGACCUACCUACCAAUGGAACCGUUAAUCGGCCAAUCAGUUCGUCUAUCACCAUCCACCAUCCUACCAUCGCCAUCUUCUUCCGUGUCAUCUAACAUCCUAACCAUCAAUUUGGACGCCAGCCUCCACAAUGGAGUUUCAAUCAACACUGCCGACAUCAUCAAUGCUUGUGAAAGUUCCAGAAGACGAUUUGGAUUCAAUGGAAAAAUGCUCAGUCAGAAGACUUUUGCUGAAUUGGUCCUCCACCGAACUCAAGCGUAUUAUUCAAGUAUUUGCAAGAAUCCAAAGCCAUGGGAGUCCCUUACCGAGAUGGGAAAAGCUCUCUACGUCCGCAUCUACAAUUGGAUCCAAUUGAACGAUGAUGAGAAGAAGACAUACCUGAAAAGGAUUGAGAAGAUGGAGAAUCAACCCGUGGAAUCUGAAGAGAAGAAAACGCGGACCAAAUUUACCAAAUACCAAGAGAAGGCCCUGGAAGAGGUGUUCAAAUUGUGCCAAUGUCCAACAACGCUUACCAAAAGAAGUCUUGCUAAAGAUUUGAAUCUUCCAUUUGUUGUUAUUCAGAAUUAUUUUUUGAAUCACCGCAGAAGAAAAUAA